AGUACUGUCAGUGUUUGCACCGGCGCGAAAACUGGCCGAGCGCGAGCUUGGAGAAAUCGUACCGAGAAUAGCGCUGUGUAUGACGGGACGUCACUCCGGGGUAUCGACCCGGUGUCUGUAGUUCUACUUACAGCAAUGGAUGAGCUGUAUCUUGAGAAUAUUGAUGAGCUGGUGACGGACCAGAACAAGAUAGUGACCUACAAAUGGCUGAGCCACAAUCUGGGUGUCCACGUCAAUCAAGCGAAACAGAUGCUGUAUGAUUAUGUCACAAGGAAGCGGAAAGAGAAUAUAAGCGCACAGGUGCACGUCACCUACCUUGUGACCGGGGAAUUUAUUCAGAAUGGCUACCCUUUCCACAAGGUGGCUGUAGUAAAGGAAGAGAGGCUGGAAGCAACAAAAGCAAGACUUAAACUAGUGGCAAAUGUGCAUGUGUACAGCGUCCAGAAAGCCACGCUAAAGGACAGUGGCCCUCUCUUCAACACCGAUUAUGAUGUUCUCAAGAAUAAUCUCCAAAACUGCAACAAGUUUAGUGCCAUUCAAUGUGCUGAUUCUGUGCCGAGAUCACCCGAGGAUAUGUCCCAGCUCCGGAAAUCAAAUUUCAAAGAAACAGAGUCUGUGCAAGAAACACCUAAACCAACUGUCAAUGGGCAUGGUUUACCACCUGCCGCUAAAGCAGCAACCCAGCAGCCCAAAGGCAUUAUGGGAAUGUUCUCUCGACAAACUGUAAAACAACAAGAAUCUCAAAAAGAAGCUAAGGCAGAGCCAAAGGAAUCUGUGUCAAUUGCAGAAAGCAGCAAACCAUCUGCUAAAGCAAAUGCCAUGAACAACUUCUUUGGAAAGGCUUCAUUAAAUAAAAUCAAGGAAACCUCAUCCACGAGUGAAGCUUUAAAAGAGGAAAAACCCUCAACCCAAUCUCUACCUGUAACCCAACCCCCACCCACCCCAGCAGCGCCCCCUGAGGAGAUGUCUGUAGAGCACAGCGAACCAACAAAGAAGAAGAAAAGCAGAAAGAAACGGGCUGACAGUGACGAGGAAGAGGAAAAAACAGUGAAAAAGAGAAGAAGAAUAAAAAAACCACAAUCUGACAGCAGUGAGGAUGAGUCUGUUCCGGGUCCUUGUGAGGUGAAGACUCCGCCACCAUCCCCACCUCCGCCUUCUCCGCCUCCUUCUCCCCCACAGCAAACCGUAAAAACGGAAGUAGACUCACAGUUACAGCCACUACCUGGGGGGAAGAGAAGAAAGCGUCGGCGUGUCCUAAAAUCAAAAACGUUUCUCGAUGAUGAAGGCUGUAUUGUUACAGAGAAAGUGUAUGAGAGCGAGUCGUGUACAGACAGUGAAGAGGAGUUUGCAAAAUCAAAACCAACUACAAGUGUCAAGUCCUCAAGUACAGGAGCAUCAAAGCCGGAAACAAAAACCUCUAAAAAGGCACCUGUGGCCAACAAAGGAACCAAACAAGCCUCCAUCAUGGGUUUCUUUCAGAAAAAGUGAGACUUCAUGCCCUGUCUAAAGACUUUAUAAGAUUCCCUUGUAUCAAAUGGGUUGUGUUAUGUAACGCUCUUUAUCUAUUUCCAAAAACCACAGUAAGUGAAACCUCAGUGAGUUGAACCCACUUUAAUGAAUAGUAAUCUAUUCAAAUCAACUCUUUUGAAGUUCAUUAUGUUGAACGUAACGCCCCUUUUGGCUGUGUCCUGAAGAGUGAACAUUAGCAGUUUGUAUAUAUCUAAACAUGUUUAAAGAUUUUGUGUUCAUAAUGUCAGUUGUAGAAGUUGAUUUUAUAUAUUUUUUGGAGUUGGAAAGACUAUUCUAAAAGUAAAUAUUACAAGAAAACAUUGUUUUUAAUUAAGUGUCCUCCAGCACUACGUGACGCCAGCUCUUUAUUACAUUAGAUUUAUAUAAUGUUAUUGGUCUUUGUGACUUCAGCACUGGUCACAACUAAGGGUCAGUAAGGCAUUACCUGUAGAAGACAUUUUUAAACUUGCUACACCUUUUGCUUUACUAUAGAACACAGAUAGGUAGUUUAACAUCCCUCUUAAUGUAUAAAAUAAAUGUCAAAUGCUAUAGGAUGUGUAAAA